AUGACUCCGGAACUAGAACAAACCCUCGCCCUUCUUUCAUCUCAUCGAUCUGUGCUUGGGUACAUGCUACUAUCAAGAGGACAUCCAGCCAGCAUCAUACGGCAUUCUGGUGGUGUAUUCGAUGGUGAACAUGGUAAAAAGUAUGCAGGUGUAAUUGCGAGGAUUGUCGAAACAGUGCAGGCGGGAUUAGAGGAAAUAAACGGCGUUGAAAGCGAAGGGGACGAUGUCAAGUUCCUUCGAAUCCGAACAAAACGUCACGAGCUCAUGAUAUCGCCAGACGGCCGCUAUCUUUUAGCUGUACUGCAUGAACCUUCAUAA